UCCUUUGGAGAACUCGUCUACCAACUCUCCGAACGAGACAUGGUCAUCUUCGAAUGUGACCUACGAGAAUGUGUGGAAUACUGGAGUAACGUUAGAACUGACCAAUGGUCCGGAUAUGGACAAUUCAUGGUGGCAAACUGGCUUCAACAUGCUACCAGUGUCAAUGGAUGGCGUGAACCUAGACCUCAGCCACCCCAGUCACCUGACAACUCCAGACCAGCCUCACCAGUGGACAGCGUUGUGGACCAAUACAUGGACUACGAAGGAGCCGUCCAGCCACACCCAGAUGGAGGAAACGAUAAUGAUGAUGCCUCCAGUACCAGUACCCAAGUUGAGCCCGAAUACGAUGAUGAUGACAUCAGCGAUGGAGGAUUCUCAAGCAUUAUCAGCGAUAUCCUCAACCAUGAAGACGAAUACAUCAUUACCCAGCCAGGCCAAGGAGAAUUCAGAAGGGAUGACGAUGGAGAAUUGGAGUGGAGACCUUCUUCUCCAACCCCAGUCCAAACAACAGCAGUGGGAGACGACCGACAAUACAAUUACUUUGAUUGGAUAGAGGAACUUCCACCCAUGCUGAAUCAAGUGACCAACAAGAACACAGUUGGAUACGAGACCAUGGCAUCUACAAAGGAAGAGACGGCAGCCGCCUUUACGAGUUCACUAGAUGCAAUGGAAAAAUUUG